AUGCAACGCACACAAUAGCAAAACAGACCGCGUCUAGUUCUGGUCCCAUCACUGGUGGAUACACUCCCCUCGUUUUCAACAUCCAUCCCACAUGGCCAAACUCUCUUCGGGCCCCACCUUCCCUAUCUCCAUUUCCCGCCACACAUAUCACCACCGGGUCACCGCCUGCCACGUCGCCACUCCCACCACCACAACUACCAUCCCAUUCGCCGAUCUCCACCCAUCACUGGAGGUCAUAGGGGGAGCUCGCAACCGCUUCCUCCCAGCUCUCCACUCCACCCUCCGCCAUUCCUAUGACCCUUUCCCCUUCAUCGCUUGGAACCCACACGUCGAGACCAUCUUCGCUUCCUUUUUCCGUUCCAUUCCCGACGUCAGGUUACGCCGUGAAUGUCUCCGUACCCAAGACGGAGGUGCCGUCGCACUCGACUGGGUCGCCGGCGACCAGUACCAACUCCCUCCUGAUUCUCCGAUCCUCAUUUUAAUGCCGGGUUUGACUGGAGGAAGUGAGAAUUCAUAUCCUAGACAUAUGUUAACUAAGGCAAGAAGUAAAGGGUGGCGCGUUGUGGUUUUCAAUAGCCGUGGCUGUGGCAAUAGUCCAGUCACCACUCCUCAAUUCUAUUCAGCUUCGUUUGUUGGGGACAUGCGUGAAGUAGUGGAACAUGUUAGUGGUAUAUACCCAGAAGCUAAUUUGUAUGCUGCUGCUUGGUCUCUUGGUGCAAAUAUUCUUGUUCGGUAUCUUGGUGAUGAAUCUCAUGCAUGCCCUCUUUCUGGUGCUGUCUCAUUAUGCAAUCCAUUCAAUUUGGUCUAUGCUUUUGAGGAAUUCACCAAGGGCUUUAACCGAGUUUAUGACAAAGCGCUUGCUAGAUCCAUCCGUAAUAUAUUCAAGAGGCAUAUUCUCCUAUUCGAAGAUAUUGGGGGUGAAUAUAACAUUCCCUUGGCCUUAAAUGCACGACAAGUUAGGGACUUCGAUGAAGGAUUAACACGAGUUUCCUUCGGUUUUAAGUCAUUGGACGAGUACUACUAUAAGGCGAGCUGUUUUCAUUCCAUAAAACAUGUUCAAGUACCAUUGCUCUGUAUCCAGGCUGCAAAUGAUCCAAUUUCACCGGCUAGGGCAAUUCCUCGGGAAGAAAUCGAGGCAAACCGGAACUGCUUGUUAAUAGUGACACCCAAAGGUGGGCAUUUAGGUUGGGUUGCAGGUGCUGAGGCCCCGUUAGGAGGUCCAUGGACCGAUCCCGUGGUGAUGGAUUUUCUCGAGCAUUUAGAAAGAGGUACACAUAAAACUGUUGAGUCUUCUAAUGGCCCAUUAACUGCUACUUCAAAGAACUUGCAUCAUGCAGAAGUAUAGCAUGCAAAUCAUACACGAAUUCUGAUAUAUUAUUACCGAUUCGAUUAUAACGAUUAAGUUUCGAUGUAACAUAGCUGAUUCUUUAUAUCGAACUAGUGUAAGCUGUUCUAUCAAUGGCUGAAAAUUGUAUCCUAAGGGACUUGUAUGAUGAUGAUGAUGGUUGAUUUGGGCUAUGAAUUCCAUUUGGGGAUCAAAUGAAUGAUAAAAGUUCCACUUUCAA